CGGAGCUUUGCGCAGACGGUUGUGUGUCUCUCAUUUCGUCUGCGGAGCAAUCAGUAAGGGAGUGGGGCUGAGGGGGGGAAGACGUGUCGGAGAGGGCUGACUCCUUCCCGCCCACUGUGAUCGGGAGAAGGAAGGCUUUAUUAUUACUUGCAGCAAGUAAGGAGAACACCAGAGCUCUUACCCAAAGCAGUGUCACCCUGAACAGCAAAGUUGGGGAAGGUUUAAGCUAAUGAUACAUGCAUAUCAUGCAUAUUCAUGAGGGGGCUUGAGGGGAGCAGAAUUUAGCAUAGAAUCCGGGCAAAGGUUGACAGAGUCCAAGCUUUAGUUGAUGGAAUUCAGGAGGGUUGACAUCUUAAUUCCAUCCUCCACCUGGGGGGGGGGGCUUAGUUCCUGCAGAACUCAAAGAUAUGUUAUUACGUAUAUCCCUUGAGGAACCAGGAGGCUGCCCCAAGGCUGCCCUAUGGUUUCUUGACUGGUCCUCCGGUGUUUCUGCAUUCCCUCCUUUAAGAUCAUUAAUUACUGAGACCUGUUCAAGGGCAAGCGUUGCAGCCGGGCUUAGAUCACAAAAUGGGUUAGGCCAGAAUGGGUUCUCAAGAAAGUCAUUCUUUGUUCUCUUUCUCAGGGGACCCCCUAACCUAUCUGCUUAGACCGCUGCUGUUUCCAAUGCGUGCGCGCUGAGAGAAGCCACCACUUAAGGCUCACCUCAUUUGCACAUUACGUGGUGGGCUGGAGGGUGGGAUGAGUUCUUUUUUGUUUUUUUGGCCGCUCUGCACAGUAUGUGGGAUGUGGGGCCUUAGUUCCCCCACCAGGGAUGCGCGGAGUCUUAAGCACUGGACCACCAGAGAAGUCGCUGGGUUGACCCACAGGGCUCAGGGCCUGGAGCGCUCUGUGUCUCUGGGAGAGCUGGACCACUCUCCCCUCCCGACUUUGCGUGGCGAGAAGGGAGUACCAUGGAGACGCGGAGCCCUCCACCGUCCUAGAAAAGCCGGAAUGGCAAAAGUGCUGCAGCCUCCGCCUUUCGCAUGCAGAGACCUGGCCCACGCAGAAAGUGGGGAGCUGGGCAUGGGGCUGGUAGGGGCUUGGAGCCUGGCUCUUGUUCGGGCGGCUCCCGGGCGCGGGUGGGGGGGGGCCGCUAUGUCAGGCCCGCCGGGGUCUGGAGCGUCCCUCCCUGACCCCGGGUAGUCCCCGGUCGGGCCCGGUGAGCGCUGAGCCGGCGCCACGAAGCUGGCUCGGCUCUGCCCGGGGCUCUAGGCCCACAUGAGGGGCGGAGAGGAGGCAGUGCGGCUACCGAUAAACCGGGGUACAGCCCAGAGUGGAGGGCCCAGAGGAACAGGUAGGGGAAGAGUGGAUUCGACAUCCCCCAGGCUUGCGGCGGCAGGGGAAGCACACGUGCAGAUGCACAGGCAUGAGCCAAUUCUGGGGCAGAGGUGUCCCAGCACAGAGCGCUGUGUGCGGCGACGAAUGGCCAGAAUUUCCACGACUGGUUUUACAGAGCUGGUUUUGUUUGAGGAGUCAGUGACCUUCGAGGAUGUAGCCGUCUACUUCUCUGAGAAUGAAUGGACCGGCCUGACCCCUGCUCAGAGGGCCCUGUACAGGGAUGUGAUGCUGGAGGAUUAUGGGGCCGUGGCUUCCUUGGCAGCAUUUCCAUUUCCCUCUGAUUUUCAGCCGGCUCUGAUUUUCCAGCUGGACGAAGCACCGUGGAGCUUGGCUCCUCAGGGAGCUCUGGAUGGAGAGGGCCCGAGGGGCAUCUCCUCAGGAUAUCCAUUUCUAAAGCCUGCUGGGAUCUCCCAUCUUGAGCAGGUAGAAGAGCCAUUGAAACCGAAACUGCAAGGAGAGGGUCCAAGCCUAAUUUGUACCGAGUCUGUGUCCAAGAGUGAGAAAGGUUUUAUUCUGAAGGAGGAUACUUUUGAGGAGGCACAGGACCACAUGGUGCUAUCAGGUGGACCCCAGUGCUGUGGUUCCCAGGAAUUCUGGUUUGGAAAAACCUGUGAAGAGGAGAAAAGCAGGUUAAUGAGAUGGCCUGCCUAUCCCAAUAGGGAAAGUGUGGAGAACACUACAUGUGACAUUAUAGAAGUGAUUGUCAAGGAUGAGAUGACCUCAGUAGGAGAGCAUUUGAAAGAUGCUGAUGUUUAUACCCACCUUGUACCUCAGAAAAGUCUACAUGAGCAGGUAUUCUAUAUAUGUGAAGAAUGUGGCAAGUGUUUUGUUCAAAAUGAAGACUUUGAUCAACAUCAGAGAAUUCAUAUUGGGAAGAAAGUCUGUGGAUGUAAGGAAUGCGGGAAGACUUUCAGUUUCAGAUAACACUGCAUUGUACAUCAGAGGACUCACACUGGGGUGAAACCCUACGUUUGUCAAGAAUGUGCUAAAGCCUUCAUUUGGAAGUCAAACCUGAUUGGGCACCAGAGAAUUCACACUGGAGAGAAACCCUUUGAAUGUAAGGAAUGUGGGAAGGGCUUUAGUCAGAACACAAGCCGUACACAACAUCAGCGAAUCCACACCGGGGAGAAACCAUAUACAUGUAAGGAAUGUGGGAAAAGUUUUACUCAGAACCCAGUCCUUCUUCGACAUCAGAGAAUCCACACCGGGGAGAAAGCUUAUGAAUGUAAGGACUGUGGGAAAGGCUUCAUGUGGAAGUUGGAUCUUGCUCAGCACCAAUGGGUCCACACUGGAGAGAAGCCUCAUGAAUGUAUUGACUGUGGGAAAAGCUUCAUUUGCAAGGCACACCUUACUCGUCAUCAGAGAAUCCAUACUGGGGAAAGACCCUAUAAAUGUAAUGACUGUGGGAAGGCCUUCAGUCAGAAUUCUGUUUUGAUUAUGCACCAGAGGCGCCAUGCUAGAGAGAAACCCUAUAACUGUCAGACUUCUCACUUUCUUGAACAUUAGAGAAUGCAUAAUGGUGAUACUUGUUUAUAAUUCUUAUGCUACAGGAACCCCAGCCACAAGAUGAGAUGACUGCCCACAGUUUGCUGUAACUGUAAUAGCCAGUAUUGUCUUGCCCCUUCUCCUGAGUGGAUACCCUGUCCUCUAGCAAGACUGGUCUCUCUGUUCAGCCAUACUCAUACUAAGCAACAUUUAGUUGAGCACCUACUCUAUUUCAGGUACUGUGCUAACCAUUUUACAUACAUUCCUUAACUUUUCUUAAUCCUAUAAGGUAGGUACUCUUAUCCUCAUUUUACAAAUGAGAAAUCUGAGGUUGAAAGAGGUUAUAAACUCAUUCAAGUUCACUCAGGUAGUAAAGUUUAGAGUUAAGAUUGGAACCAGGCCUAUCUGACUCCCGAAUCUAUUGUUCUUUAUCUGUGCACAUUUCUGCUUCUGCCUAUUUUUAUUUGCUCAAAUUUCCCUGGGCUAAAAGUCUCCUUUCCUCAUCUAAGACUCAGCUCCUUCAGGUGAACAGACCUCUCUUCAUUUUCUAAUUGUAGUCAGUACCACCCAAGUUGGUAUUUAAUUAUGUGCUAUCUUCUAUUUUUUCUAAUAGUCUCAUGCCUGUUAGUCUGGCUAAAUGACUCUUUGAGGACCAACACUGCAUUUCUUUAUGUUUUUCAAAUUUUGAAACGUAUUUAUUUUUGACUAGCUAUAACAUACUCAUGAUAAAAAAAAAUUGAAAUAGUUCAAAAAGGUGUUCAGCAAAAAGUAAAUUUCCUUGUCACUCCUGUCUUCCAGUCCUUCUCAGAGACAAUGCGUUGUUUCUGUGUCUUUCUGGGUACAUGCCCGCACAAGUAUUUAUUAAUACUACUUUCCAUAAGUCUACCCCACUUAAAACCAUAUUUGAUAUAGUGAUAUUGCUAUUACUUUGCCAACUCCAGGACCUUCUCUUCCUCAGAAGUUGUUGGCCUCCUUUAGGUCACUAAGGUAACUUAAGGAAAGCAAUGGAGACAGUCUGGGUUGUGCAGUCUUGGGAGACCUGAUUGCCCUUGUGUUAUAAGAGAGUACUCUGGGACUGGGAAAAUGUAAACCAACGGAAUUUUUUUUCAUAAAAAUUUGUAGAGCUACAACCCCUCUCAUAGCACCACUAUCCUAAAUUCUCUCCUAGUCUGUCCCCUUCUCAUCACCAUAAUACCUACGUCCCAAGGUAAGCUGUGGGGCUAUCACCAAAGGAGGGAGAAGUGGUCACUUCACGCUCCUUUGGGUAUCCUCAAUCAGCAGUGGCAAUAUAAUCCAGUACCUUGGUGUCAGGGUCACAAAUGCCCUGCAUAGGUCCAUGAUCAAACAUAAAUGCUAGGCACUCAUAGAUUCUACGCAGCAAGUAAGGGGAAGGUGAAGAAUUCCAAAAUUAACUUGAUUACAGACUUGAAAUCAAGUCUGUAAAAUAAAAUAUUUUUUAAAAGGGGAUACAGGCUGUUAAAAUAUUAAUUAUGAAGAAAUGCAGGAUAUUAAUGAAUGGUAUGAACCAUCUUAAAGAGUCAGAGAACCAAAGGCCCUAUUCAGAGAAGAAGAACGCUGGCCAAAACAGAUGAAACAUCCAUUCCAGACUCUCCACCUUUAGAGCCAUUUUCCAGACUGCAGUUUGCUCCAUUGCUAUUUAGGCAUCCCACUUUAUAAGCUCCCAGCCAGUGAGUAUAAUGGUUGAUAAAGGAGCAAGGAGGAGAAGCCAGAGGCCUGCUUGGACCAAACUUCUGCUUCCUGAAAAGUACAAAAAUACUGAUAACUCUGGAGUUUCUGACUGCUGAAGCCAAAGGCCAUAUAGUAAGGAGAACUUGGUCUGGUGUAGUCCAGCUAGAGUACCUCUAAUAAGCAGGAAAAAUUUUAUUUUGUUACUACACAGACCCAGGAAAUGGAAAUGAGUGAUGUGAACACGUGUUUUGAGGAAGUUGUUUAUUACGCAAAUAUUACCGAGCACCUGCUUGUAUGCAAAGCACUGUGCCAGGUGCUGUAAAGGAAUGAUAAGUCAGACCUGCCCCUGCCUUCCUGGAACAUUAAUCUAGUGAAGAUUAAAGGGACCAACCAAAAAAAAUCAAGUGAACAAGAUUAUUAAAGAUUGCUAAGUGCUCUGAAGGGAAUGAACAAGGUACAGAAAGUGGGACCCUCUUUCUGUAGAUGCUCACAGGAGGCCUAUCCUAAGAGGUAACAUUAAAAGUAUGACUCAGAGGAUGAGAAAGAGCCUCUUGUACCAAGAACAGGAAGAACCGCAGGAAGAGGGAACAGCUGUGCAGACUCCCUGAUGUGUGAAGAGUUUGGCACGUUCAAGAAAACAGGUUUUAGCAAGACGAACAGGGCAUGUGUGGCACCAGCUGGGAUUAUACAGAUCCAUGGGCCAGAUCAUUCAAUUCCACCCUAAGUGAAAAGAAGUCAUUGAAGAGUAUUCAGUGGAGGAAUGACGUGUUUGAUUCUGAUUAUAAGAUGAUGAUGAGCACUCUGGCUGCUAAUAGAAAAUGGGUUGUAAGGGGACAAAAGUGAAAGUAGAGAUCAUGUUGGAGACUGCUAGCCGUCCAAGUUGGGGAUGACGGUGGCCUGGAGAGGGUGGUGGUAAUGGAAAUGAAGAGAAGGUGGAUUUAAGGUAUAUUUUGGAAAUAAAAUCAGUGAGCUGCUGCCAGUGGAUUAGAUGCAAGGAUAAUGGACAGGGAGGAAUCAGGGAUAGCCUUCUGGCUUCUGACUUGAGCAGCUGAGUUAGACAGUGGUGCCAUUUACUGGAAUGAAUAAGACUGGAAUGGGAAUAGGUUUGGAGAUGGAAAAGUCUAGAACUCUACUUUGGAUUAACAUUUGCAAUAAGUGUGAGAUGUACAAUUAGAAAUUUCAAGUAGGUGGUUUUAUAUAUGGGCUGGACCUCUGGGUUAGUGAUACCUGGAGCUGUACAUUUGAGAGCGGUCAAACGAACAGAAGGUAUUUAAAGCCAUGGGAAGAAAUGAAUGUAAUCUCCUAGAGCUGCACUAUCCAAUACAGUAGCCACUAGCCACGUGUGGGUAUUAAAAUUAAAUUUAAAAUGUAUGUCCUUAGCCACACUGGCCAGAUUCCAAGCACACAGUAACUAUAUGUGGUAGUUGGCUACCUUAUUGGAUGGUGUAGGCGUAGAACAUUUUCAUUGAUGCAGAAGGGUCUAUUGGACAGUACUGCCCCCAGAGACAGUACAGGCAAAUACGAGGGCCCAGGAUGAAGUCUUCUGGAAUACCAUCUCUACUUAGGGAAUUGGACAGGGGGACACACCAAGAAGAAAUGCUAAGAAAGAGCAUCAGUGAGAGAUUGGCAACACUACACUACCAGUGGCAACGUUAUGCAGGCAGCAGUUGAAAUAGGGUUGACUUUCCAAUUGGGAAUGUAACGAGGUGAUCAUUAAAAUCCUAAAUAUUCAAAAGCUCCCAGAGUGAAGGUGACAUAUACGUUAGAUGAGUUCAGUAUUUUAAAAUGGGAGAGAGAGAGAGAAUGAAUAAGAAUAAGAACCCAUGGAAAUGGAACUAUGAAAGAGAAGAAACAGUUUAGACUUACAGAAGAGGAUCAUGGGAGUUGAUCAACCCUAGGAAUUCUCUUUCAAAGAUGGAAAUAUUUGUAGGCAGAGUGGUGGAAUGGCAAGACAAAUUUUAGAAGUAUCACAAUGAGAGAAUUAGCAAAACAUGGCAAAAGAUAGGUGGUCUAGGAGGAUUAAGAAAUAGCACGUGGAAAUGGAUGUCCAGUAAGAGUCUCUAGCAGAUAUGAAAAUAUCCUGGGCAUUCCACAUGAUCUGACUUAAAACACUGGUGAUGUGGCAAACCCAAAAUUCACAUAGGUAGGGUAGGGGAAUCUGGAAGAUACCUCAAAGAGAUUGGAAAUUAUCCACUGGAGAAUCUGGAACUGAGAGUAUAUUUUCAUCAAAUUUGGAAGGUAUGUUACGGUAUGACAAACAUUAGUCCGGUGGGAUUCACGAAGUUAAGGUUAGGGCAUGAAAGGUACCUAUUUAGACACUUAACCUCCAAGCAACUGAGAUGAAAUACAAAUGAGGAGCUUGUGUGACCACUAAGAGAAAAUGUGAUAUUAAGGUGCUAUACAAGAAAACAGUGCUUUCAAAUAUAAGCCAGGAUCAGUAUAAUUAAUUUGCAAAUGACAGAAAACCCAAAUCUAACUAAUAAAAGUUGUUUAUAGGCUCACAUAACUGAAAAGUUCAGAGGUAGGACAAUGUUCCAAUACCUAUUGAGAGGGACAGAGUUCAGACCUAGAGAAGAUUCUCUGAUGUUGAAAGACAAUUCCUCUGCCCAGUGAUUGAGAUGUAAAUUACUUUAUAGAGUGGAAAAUUGCUUCCUUACUUUAGCAGAAAGAGAAAACAAAAAGAACUGGCUUUAACCAUUUUUUUUCUCCGAAAGAAGGACUAUAUUUGUCUGGUGGAAGUGAUAUAGAUAUUGGAGUUAAGCAACUGAAUUGUUCAGCCUCUACCCCCAUUUCCAGCAUACGUAGUCCAGGCUAAAGUGUGCUUAGCAUGAAUGCAGCUGGAAACCCGAUGUCUUCUGAUUUCCACUGUAUUGUACCCCCUAAAGUCGAUAAAAACUUAUUCAUUGUCAAGUAUAUAACAUAAACUUUAUUCUGUUGAUAAUAUCAAGAGAAAUGAGAAAGAACUGGUGUGAAAGAAGAAGCCAAACAGUACAUUUGUCUGGCAGACAAUCAGCUGGUGUCUUGGGUUGUGUCUUACACUACAGAUUUCUCUUCCCACAAGAGCACCCGGUAGAAAACUCGACGUAGGCUUUUCACUCUGCCUUUUCUUUGAGAAAAUAUUAACUCUGAGUGCAAGGGAUCUAACUACCAGGCCCCAAAUUUAUUUUAUUAUUUUCCUAGGAGGCUCAAAGGGUAUUCAGGCAAAUGGGGCUAAGCUCCCUUACUAUUUCUGCCUUGCGGGUGGCAGAUCAGAUUCCCUGAUGUUCCUUUGAAAAAUACAAGCCUGGGUGAAGAGGAAACAAGAAAAAGAGGGGAGUGAUAUAUGCUGGAAACUGGUGGCAAAUAAGAUUCAAAACAAAAAGAACCCCCAGGAUAUAUAAAGCGAAAGUAUUCUGAAAAGGUGACAGAUAUACCUGAGGGAAGCCGCACAUGGUGAUGUUAAUAUGGAAACUGAAAAUCAACUCAGCGCAAACAUAAGAGGUGGGCAUGGUCCAUCCAGAGAGCCUCGAGGCCGGCUCCACCUGCAGGUGGGGCUGGAGGCUGUUGCCCUGCAGAGUGGGAGUUGUUCUGAAAGACUAGUUCUGGUUCAUGACAGCUACUCUCUGUUUCUCUUCUGUCCACUAGCUCCUCAGCCCGUAGCAACUGACCUCUGCUCCCACCAAACUCCUUGAACUGAGGUUACUACCAGCGCCUGGCUUCCCGGGCUUCAUCAUCUACAGUUGUGAAAUCAGGGCUGAAUUUGUGCUUUUAGGCCUCAAAAUAAGACAUUUCUGAGAAAAGUGAAUCCCGUGGCUUGGCCUCAGAGGAACAUUAAGAGACCUUCCCCAGGGACCUGGUUUUCAAGUUACCUGUGAAUCAGAGAGCAAGAUAGAGAGGCCUUCAGGAAGUCUCAUAAGGGAUGGAAUGAAGAAAAAUAAGAGAGAUUCAGCAAAGGAGAGAGUAAAUAAUGAGAAAAUUCCUAUAAAAAAUAGGAGUGGCUGCGCCCAUGAGCCAUGGCCGCUGGGCCUGCGCGUCCGGAGCCUGUGCUCCGCAACGGAAGAGGCCACAGCAGUGAGAGGCCCGCGUGCUGCAAAAAAAAAAAAUAAAGAAAGAAAAAUAGAUGUCAUGCACAUAAGAGAUCAGAAAAAAAUGUUGGGGUCAGUUCACACAUCUGCAAUUUCCAGGUGUGUAAAGAGUGUGGCAAAGCCUUUAACUUCAACUCAGCACCAGCAAGUCAGCACUGGAGAGAAACCUUUUAUUUUUUUACCUGUACGCGGGCCUCUCACUGUUGUGGCCUCUCCCGUUGCGGAGCACAGGCUCCGGACGCGCAGGCUCAGCAGCCAUGGCUCACGGGCCCAGCCGCUCCACGGCAUGUGGGAUCUUCCCAGACUGGGGCACGAACCCAUGUCCCCUGCAUCGGCAGGCUGACUCUCAACCACUGCGCCACCACGGAAGCCUGAGAGAAACUUUUUAGAUGCAAGGACUACAGCAAGGCCUUCAAGCAAAAAGUCAGCUUAAAUCAAUAUCAAUGGAUCCAAAAGAAAAAAAGAAAAGGGAGAAAAAAGAAAAAGAAAACCCCAAGAUCAAUGGAUCCACCCUUGGGUGAAGCCCUACAAAUGCAGAGUGUGGGAAAGGCUUCAACAAGAGUUCAGGAUUGAAGCAGCACUGAAGGCUUCAUGUUAGAGAAAAACCCUGUGAAUGUGAGAAAUGUGGGAAAGUCUUCAUUCAGAACUCAAAUUUUAUUCGUCAUUGGAGAAUUCAUCCUGGAGAGAAACUUUUAAAUGUAAUCUUGUUCUGUGUGUCCCCCUAGUGCAGGUUAGCAGGCCCUCCCCUUCUUGGCCUGAUUAUCCCAAUCCAGCUGUACCUCCUGCCCUCCCCAGACUCUGCUCCAGCCAGUCCUCUCUACUCACUGCAGCACACACUGUUUCAGUUUCUUCCUCUGAGCUUGUGCUUUUUCUGCUCCCCCAGAUGCCCUCUCGCCAUCUCUUCCCCUUUCUUUGAUCCUAUCUAGCCUUAAGACUUUUUGAAGCUUAGCACUUUGACCCUGCCUUUCUUACUACAGCCUCUUUUGUCUGUUUUCUUAAAGGCAACCUUACUACUUUUUAAAAUUUUUGGCCAUGCCAUGCGGCAUGUGGAAUCUUAGUUCCCCGACCAGGGAUCGAACCCACGCCCCCUGCAUUGGAAGGGCAGAGUCUUAACCACUGGACUGCCAGGGAAUUCCCAAGACAGACAUUCUAUUUACAAUGAAUUUAUAUGCUGGUUGUUUUGUUAUUGUUGUUUUGUAUUUUUAUUUUUUGUUUUCCCUCCAGUUGACUCAAUGUUAUUUCCAACUCUGCAGUGGUGAGCUUCUCCAUAGCAGGAUUGGUCAGGAAGGUGGACUGUCCCCAAAGGAGUUGAAUAUAAGGAAUGACCUUGAGAGUGUCUGUCUUUCCUUAGAUUUUAGGUAAGUUGUUUGCCCUGAGACUUAACUCUCUGAUGUGUUCAAGGAAAAAUUUCAGAUUAUCUGGCUUUUUUUUUUUUUGGUUGUGCCAUGCAGCAUGUGGGAUUUUAGGUCCCUGACCAGGGACUGAACCCGCGCCUCCUGCAGUCUUAAUCUCUGGACUGCCAGGGAGGUCCCAGUUUGGCUAUUUUUUGUUGUAAGGGUGGAGCCAUAUUCUUCAGGUUUUUAAAAUUAUUUAUUUAUUUUUGGCUGUGUUGGGUCUUCAUUGCUGUGCGCAGGCUUUCUCUAGUUGCGGCGAGUGGGGUCUACUCUUCGUCGCGGUGCACUGGCUUCUCAUUGCGGUGGCUUCUCUUGUUGUGGAGCACGGGCUCUAGGCACACAGGCGUCAGUAGUUGUGGCACGCAGGCUCAGUAGUUGUGGCGCACGGGCUUAGUUGCUCCGUGGCAUGUGGGAUCUUCCCGGACCAGGCUCAAACCCGUGUCCUCUGCAUUGGCAGGCGGAUUCUUAACCACUGCAUCACCAGGGAAUUCCCUUCUUCAGUUUUUCUACAUCUUGAGAAGAGGUGGAUUUUUGGAUUUUUAAAAUUUUCAAAGUGGACCACACUUAAAACAAAACACUGAACAACAAUUUGUAGAUAUUCAUUAGCAAGCAAUGCAAUGUGAUGAUUUUUGAGAGAGAUGAGACACAUAACAUGAACUUAACAUUCCCAGACCUUCUCCUUGGGAAUAUUUGCUGAGCUGUGGCCCAGAGAGUUACAGCCUUUCUCAGUGUGUGGAGGAGAUAGAGAUCAGACCUGCUAUAUGUUUUUCUUAUUUUAACGUAUUGUAUAAAUAUGGAGAAAUGUGUUGAAAAAGCACCAAGUAGUUGACAAAGGGGAGGAGUGUGUGACAUUACCAGUGGCUGAAUCUAGAGCCAUUUCCAGGUCUAUCCUUUGUGGUUGUGAUCAUCGUGCAAAGAGGAACUGGCCUAAGGGACAGAUGGGAGUUGAAAUCCUGCCCUUGUUCCAUUUGCCAUGUCACGCACCUAUGGGAUUGUAUCUUUUUAGGGGCUACUGUUUCCUAAUAGGUACUGAUGUGCCUUAUGGGCUAUUCUGGCCUUUCCCAGCAUUUUUCUCUGUUGCUGUCUAGAGUAUAGGAAAGCUAGAUAUUCACAUUUCCAGUCUAUCUUGCAUUCUAUUGUGCAGUGGACAUGGUAAUGACUGUUACGCGUCACCUAGUCUCCAUUCUCUCCUGCUUCCAUAGAAAUUGCUAAAAUUUCCAGUUUUUUCAGCAGGUGUGUUUGGCCAUGUGACCAACCUCUGGCCGUUGUGAAAUGGUACGUGCAACUCUCUGGCCAUGCACUUAAAUCCAUGCCCAGCACCACCAUUAGACCAAGGAAAACAGGGUCCCACCCCAGGGCAUGUGCCCAGGGUGUUCAGGGGGUCCUGCACUUAGGAGUUCCUUCCUCUACAUUUUUUUUUAUUGGUUUAUUUUUAUCCUUUUAUUUAUUUAUUUAUUUUGGCUGCACUGGGUCUUAGUUGCGGCAUGUGGACUUCUUAGUUGUGGCAUGUGAACUCCUAGUUGCGACAUGUGAACUCUUAGUUGCGGCAUGCAAACUCUUAGUUGCGGCAUGCAUGUGGGAUCUAGUUCCCUGAUCAGGGAUCGAACCUGGGCCCCUCCAUUGGGAGCGUGGAGUCUUACCCACUGGACCAUCAGGGAAGUCCCCCCUUCCUCUACAUUUUUAAAGUCAUCUACUGUUGCCUGGGUGUGGCUAGGUCAAAUAGGACUGUCAGAUGGGGUGCUCCGAGAGUAGAUUGUGAUCUCUAUGGGCCCUGUGCUCUGUUUGUCCCGUUUGGGGUGCUCUCUGAGCAUUUACUCCGUGUGUGGGCUGACCAGGUGUCCUAAAGAGCUCCAGAAUGCACACCUGUAGGGUUGUGCCAGGGCCCUAUGGCUGGACCUCAUUUCUAGGAGGGCGGCCAGCGUGGGUUUUUCCCACAGGAUCACAUGACACUGGGCCAUCAGAAUGAUGCUGACUGAUUCAGGGUAGCUCAUUCAUCUUAGGCACAGGUUUGAAUUCAAGGCUCUGGGCUACUGUGGGUCUGCUGUCAACCCUUGGGGUGGGCUGCAUGUGUGGGCCCCUGUGUCAGCUCUUGCUCUUCUGUGUUCCUACUGCAGUGCUGCUUAUGGGCUACAAUACCCGACGACAAGAGAGGUGGCAGCAAAUAUCCUUUAUCUUGUGCAUUCCCCACUCUUGGCCAUGAGGGUGGUCACUCUUCCCCGCACAACAUGUCAGGCAGUUCUCUGGGGGUGGCCACACCUCUCUCCUCUGAGGGCUUUCUGAUAGAUGUCCUCUCUUACCCCCCACUGAUGCAGUGACGGCAUGCUGUCCUGGGUCAGUCUUAAGCUGCACUGGAAGGGGACAUUCAUUUCUUGGGUGAGUUGAACUGCUCUUCUUACUCUUCACAUGGGCCCAUUGCUUAUCCUCCCCGUUGGUGGUGGUGGUAUGGAAGGGAGAAGGAUAACCGACAUUGAAAGACAUCACAUUCCAGGAACGCAAAGAUUAUAACAGUUGCUAUGGUCUCAAUGUUUGUGUCCCCUUCAAAAUUCAUACGUUGAAAUCCUAAUCCUGAUGUGAUGGUAUUAGGAGGCAGGGCUUUUGGUAGGUGCUCUCAUGAAUGGGAUUAGUGUUCUUACAAAAGAGAUCGCACAGAGCUCCUUAGCUCCCUUCCAUGUGAGGGCACCGCAAGAAGGCCCUGUCUAUGAACCAGGAAGAGGGCCCUCACCAGAAUUCGAACAUGCUGGUGCCUUGAUGUUGAACCUCCCAGCAUCCAGAACUGCUCGUCUGGUGGGAACUAGAAGGAGGAAUCACCGAGAUGUGGGGUCCUCUAAAAUCACUAGAGAGAAUUUAAGUUCCUGAGAGUGUUACCUUUCUCUGAGACAGGAAUAAAAGCGGUCAGAUGACGACAACAGUGUCCUUAACAACCUGGCCCCAGGAAUCAGUGGCUUUUGAGGAUGUGGCUGUGUACUUCACUGAAAAGGAAUGGGCCAGCUUGAUACCUGCUCAGAGGGCCUUGUACAGGAGUGUGAUGCUGGAGAACUCUAUCAUCGUCCACUUCCAAACUAGCUCUGAUCUCUCAUCUUGAGCAAGGGAAAGAGUCACGUUUCACCCAGCCCCAGGGACCCCUAAGCAGGAGGAACAGGAGAGCAGGUUCUACAGGUCUUAAAUGGUGUGAUCAGCUAGACAGUGUCUCCUGACCUUGAGAAGGAGCGAUUGGCAUUAGGAAGCACGAUGAGCUGAUGCUGCCCUUCACUUAUUCUCUAGACUGCCGCUUGGCUCCAGGAACAAGGUAAGA